AUGGCCGAGGGAGAACAGUACCACGCUUCUGCCGUUCUUUUACUUGAAGCGGGAUGUCUGAUUAAAGUGGUCGAUUUUGUCAACAACGAGCAAUGUAACGAUGGUGGUAAAAGAUACUCACUACUGAUCGAUCAUUUGGCAGCAAGACGAAGAAGAUUAUGUACACUCGCCGAAUCUUCCUUGCCAUCCGAUCAAAUUCCGUCUCUCGGUGGGCCUCCAGCAAACAUAUGCACGGCUCUAGCUGCCCACGGGAUAUACGUCCCGGUCCCGUUACAAUUUGAGACUGAUUUACCGGGGUCCACGGCCAUCUACCAAACCUGGUUAGCCAACGAAUCGAAGGAUUUCUUCAAGAUCAUGCAUAACAUGUAUGAAAUUGGCUUCCAUGACGUUGAUUUGCCCAGCCAGAGUGGUAUAACGCCCUUGAUGAUGUUCGAUCCAUUCUAUUUAUCCGACACGUCUGUGAUGAUCAAGUGUGCGGCCUGGUUGAUGUCGAGAGGUGCUUGGGUUGAACGGAGAUUGCCGAGAUCAAAUGCGAAAGUUGCUCAUCUUCUCACAAGUCAAGUUAUUCAUAUGUAUCUUUACGACCUGGAAUUUAAAGGAGAUAGCCGCGACGAAAAGCACCGCAAUUGGGAAAGAGGUGUUGCCGAAUUAGGAGAUGCUGGCUUUUUUGUAUCUCCUACAAAAGACUGCUGCGUUUGCGCCUGUUCUCAUGGCGGAUGUACCACACUCUCAGUGGCACUUCGAUCCCUCCUUUUGGGGAUAUCUAAGUGGGGACCGCUAUCCACGAAUGUCCCGCUCCGGAAAUUGUUCCUCUCUCUCAUUGUAUGGCAGGAUUACUGGCCAGAUCUUCCACGAGCGGUGGUCAGAGCCUUGACGUUUGAUGCGUUGGGCCUUACGCAUACAUGCUGCACUGAAAUAUAUCCAGGUGGAUUAGUUUGGCCGAUUGUGCCCGACGAAGGGAGAGAUGAGACAGAAAUUGGUAGGAUCUCAGACGACCAGUAUUUCUUGGUCAAAGAAUUUGAGGAACUGAUGGAAGGGAUGGAAAGCAAACUUGAUGAGCUUGGCCUUUCCAUCGAAGAAUUCCUCGAUUGCUAUUGGUAUGACCGCGUAAUCGAGUAUCUUUCGAGGCGUGACCGCUACGAUGAGGAGCAUGUCACGGAAGCAAGAAAGAUGGGCAUUUUCCUCGAAGCAGAGGAGUUCUGCACCCCUAACAGAGUGUCAUUACAAUUCAGAUCUCGACUUCAAGAGCUGUAG